AAAAUAGUACCAGCUGAAAGCUCUUGAAUUGGGCUUUUUAACCAUAUAAAUAUUAUCAUUUGUAUAUUCAGCAUUACUGAGAUUAUUUGAGUUAUAUAAGAGUAAUAAAAUUUGCGAAACUUGCCUCACAACCAUUCUGUAUGCCAAAUGGCUGGCAAAAUAUUUGUCAAAACAUAUAGUAUUUCUUUUAAAAAACAUAUAGAAGUAGAUGCCUAAGAUGAAAACUAUUACUCAUUUACUUCAAGAUACCAUUUCUUAUGUUAAAAAACUUCUGGAAUGUUUUGUUAAUGUUGUUUAAAUCAGCAUGUUUUAUGCUGUAUGUCCUUCCAGUUGCUGUUACUGGAGCAUCAAUCUUCACCAAGAAAUCAUUUUCUGGAAUGCAACAAACAUCAGCUCUAGCUGGCCAUACAAAGGUCUGUGCUGGGCCUGAGGGAUGAAACAAGUUUACUUUUGCAUCUCUUUCUUCUUUGUUUAUCACUUCAACCAUGCCAAUCCACCACUUGUUAUCAUAAACGCAUGCCACAAAAUCAUUCUCUUGAACAUCCUUUAAGGUUAGAGCUUUGUAUAUUUCUCCUUUGAAAUUGUGGGUUCCUGAAAAACUGUCAUCUUCUGAUGUACGCUUGUAAGCAAUCUCAUAGGGACCAAUUGGUUCAAAGUAAUGGAAGCUUCUUGUUCCUGGUACUGUUGAUCCCAAGGCAAAACGGUCUUCCAAGCCCUCUCUGACUGACAUCAUUUCCUCUUUUGUUAUAAAAAUGAAACUGAUGUUAUUUAUAUUUUCACUGCAAAAGAGAAACAUAUCCUUUGCAGUUAAAAUCUGUUGUGAAAUUGGUCUUUGUAAACUUGCCCUAGCUGUCAGUCUCUUAACUGCUCCUCCGAUGCCAUCGCAGGGAGACUUGCCAUGGCUUGAUGCAAAGAAUGUCCAGUUUGCAGAUAACCCAAAAUCUUGCUGAUGGAGUGUCAAGUUCAAGAAAUUUUUGUAGUUCUUGUAUUAGGAAGGACAACCAUCAGAAAAAUAUUCUAGUUUGCAUAUUUUUGGCAAUUUAGUUUUGAUGACCUGUGUUAAUUCUUUUUGAAUCUGAUAUACCAAGCUGGUGUCAUGUUCCAGAUCAUCUGAUAAAAUACAGAAGGAGUUCUGCAUCAGUGUCUCAUCUUCUUUGAAAUAUACAACAAGUGGGUGCAAGGUACAGCAUGGUUUGCUCCAGUGGUAAGACUGGACCUCAUCUUGCACCACAAAACUGUAGUUCUCUGCAAAAUUACCUAAUGCAAUAGCUGUAUCCUCUCCAAUUUGUUCUUUGCGAAUCUUCAAAUACCUUGCUUGACAUUUUGCCAGAUAUGAAUGUGAAGUCAAUCUAUCAAUGGUUUUUACUACCAGGUCAAUGAAACUUUCUAAAUCUAGAGUCUGGCUUAUAAGUUUUGUACUAUCAGUACUCUGGCAUUGCUGGAAAGAUAUUUCCUCGUCUGCACUUGUAAGAGUUUCACUUAGGAAAUUUUGAAGAUACUGUGUACCUGGGCAAUCAUCACACCUAUGUAUCAUGCAGGUUUUGCUAUCUCGAUCACAAACUACCAUGUCAAUUAAGUCUUUGUAGGUUUUGUCCAGAUCUAUAGCAUCAACAAGCAGAAUUGCAUUUUGAUGUGUGACACACACGCAAACAGAAUGAGAUCCCUUUGAAUCAACAGUGAUGCACCAUUUUGGACGAAGGGAACAGAACUUUGAGAAUCCAAUUUUGAUGUCAGGCUGUUGACUCACAAAGGUUGCAUAUAACUCCUUAAGGUUGCACAAAAGAAGGCGUUUUUGUUUGUGAGUGUUAUGACUGAUGCUCACAAAAUCUUUUUUCCCUGGCAUAAUUCUUGAAAAUUCAUCAUCCUCAAAAAAUGAAUUUACUACCUCAAUUGUUCUGCUGGGAAGCUCUUUGCCCUUCUUUUUUCCUGGGCAAGCUAAGAUACCCUACUCUGUUUUAAGUUCACGGGCACGUUUUACAAAAUAUUCAGAUACUUGAAAAUAAGAAGAUGCCUCCUUUAUGCUCCAAGAUUCUGGUGUAAGUGUGAGUAGCUGGACUUUCUCACGGGAAGAAACAGUUGACAAUUUAUCACGAAUCUAUUCCAUCAGUUUAUCAAAGUCAUUAGCUUUGGUCAUUACAAUUCGGCUUAAAUGGGGUGCCUCUGGCUCCAUUAUCUUCUCCUUUUGGACUCCAACGGCUGCAGCAAAUGAUUGCUUGAAUGAAGUAACCGUUGCUUCAAACUUUGAGUUGGCAUAAGCAAGACGACGAUGCUUGGGUACACUGUGCAGCUUUUUUGGUGAUUCUCCCAAAACCUCCAAACUUUCAUUGAUAGCUUCUGUAGAUUCAAAUCUGCUGAAGGAUGAUUCAAGGUCAGUUUCACCAAAAUCCAUUGGUUCUUUAUCAUAAGAUUCAGUCAUUACAUUAUCUUUCUCCAAAUGUUCUAACUUUGUUAAACAAUUUCGACAAAGCUGCCACCCUGGAACACACACAAACUUUUUUGCUCUUAGCUGUCUAGCCAGUGCAAGGGAAAUUUUAUGACCACCUUUAACACUUUUUUGUGAUUCUUGAGUAAAUUGCAGCAUUUUGUAAAUCUCCUUUCAAAGUCUGCUCCCAGUUUCCAUUCAUGGUGAAAGCAAAUGCUCAUCACCCUCAGCUCAUUCUCAAGAGAUGGUAUCGUGAAGUUGAUUAGUAAUAGUUUUCAUCUUAGGCAUCUACUUCUAUUUGUUCUUGAAAAAAAUGCUAUAUGUUUUGACAAAUAUUUUGCCAGUCAUUUGGCAUACAGAAUGGUUGUGAGGCAAGUUUCGCAAAUUUUAUUACUCUUUUAUAACUAAAAUAAUCUCAGUAAUGCUGAAUAUACAAAUGAUAAUAUUUAUAUGGUUAAAAAGCCCAAUUCAAGAGCUUUCAGCUGGUACUAUUUUCAAUUCUUGAAAAUUUUGCAGACUUUGCAAAAAAUGACAUUCAAAUUGGCUAGUCACAAAAUCUAAGAAGUCUAAUAUAAACUUUUAACCUACUUUUUGAGUAACUAGCUUUGCUUUGUUGAUGUUUUGGUGGUCAUAUUUGAAAUCUGCACUAUCAGAAUGUACUGUGUAGAUAAUUUGAUGUAAAUAUUGUGAUAAAAAAAACUUUCACAGGACUUUGAAUGUUAUUAUUUAUCGCUGGCACAAAUUUUGGGCGGACCACGCCCUAAAAUGAGCCAACUUUUGACUGGCCGUAUCUCCGGAACGCCUUAACCUAUUGUGCUGAAAUUUUGGGUGAGGUGGUUUCUCCUGGGACUGAAUAUUUAUUGUAAAAUUCAUCAAAAUCUGAGAGGGUGGGUGACACUGACCUUAAAUUUGACAUGGAAUGACCCUAGACCUAAUCUUUUAUCAACGUGAAUUUAAUAAACUAGGUAUAUUAUAUCACAGAAUUGAAAGUGCUUUUCAAAUAAUACGGAAAAAAGUUUCCUAUAAAAUUGUGUUCUUCAGUAUUUGGGGGACGGGGAUGGACCACGAACUACCUACCAAGCACUGUUGGUCCUUCAAUGCCUUUGCGCCGUUUAUAUAUUAAACUUUUAUUUAGUUAAUGGCAAUCAAACACAUCAGCACUUGAUGUCUUGCAAAAGCAUGACAAUUUUCUGCAAAACAAAUUUAUAAUUUUAUUACUGCAGGAAAAAACCUUAUCUUAUAAUUUAUCAUUUUCUCCAUAGAAAGAGUCUGCACGAAAAAACUAACAGUCUGUAGUUGUAACUGGCCAUUGCGUAGAAAGACUGCGGUGGAGAAAUAACUCAAGCCAAUUGCAAAUUACUUCCGUAAUUAGAUGUGGAUGGAAAACACACGGGGACUUCUCUGUGACCGUGGAAGUGUAACCUUACCUUUAUCAAAAUAUGCCAUGUUCCAGUGUCUUAAUCGCCUUUCUUUUGGUUACCGUUCCACUUUGGGGAGGCAAUUCAGUUACAGAUUUUUGCAGCCAGCCCCUGGGAAUGAAGACUAGAAUUAUUGCAAAUGAUCAAAUAACAGCAUCAUCCUCCAUCCCAAACUACGAACCACGCAGAGGCUAUCAUGCUCGCCUUGACAACACAGAUUGUUGGUGUGCAGAUCAAAGUCAACCAAGAAUUGGACAGUGGGUGAAAGUGGAUUUGAAGCAUACAUUUAGCAUAACAGGUAUCACCAUCCAAGGAGACCCUACAGGUGCAUCAAGUUACAUAAAAGAGUUUACUCUCAGGUACAGUGUUGAUCUGACGAACUAUGUGUAUGUGACAACAACCACAUACAAUGAUCCAAUGAAAUUUACAGGAGCUACUGGUCCUAACCAGAAAAUAGAUGUGAUGUUUCCUAAUCGACCUUUUUCUGCACGAUAUCUUGAAUUUAGACCUACAGACUCAAAUAGUGCUUAUUUGUGUGCUAGAUUCGAACUCUAUGGAUGCCUCUAUGUCUGUGGACAGGGCCUUGGCAUUGAGCAUGGCAGUGCACUUCCUUCAGGCUUUGCAAUGACGUCAUCUUCCCACUCCUCUGGACAAGAAGCGGUAUCAGGUCGUUUAAACAAUCCAACAUCCGCUUGGUGUGCCUCGGGAACCACUAGCGAGUUUCUGCAAGUAGAUUUUGGGAAAAUCGUUACCGUCAGUGGAAUUGCAACUCAAGGUAGCCCUAGCUCUGCAUCUUGGGUGAUAGAUUUUUAUGUUGACUAUGGUACAACACUCAGCUCUCUUGUCACCUACCAAGAAAAUACUGGGAAUAAGCUUUUCAUUGGAAACUCUGAUCAGAACACGAUUGUUGUGAACUGGUUCCGUGUGCGGCUGCAAACGAGAUACAUGAAAAUAAAACCAAACACGUACAAUUCAGGUGUCUGUAUGCGAAUUGAGAUUCUUGGCUGCAACUUAGGUAACAACUCAUCCUUACAUUUCUACGAGUGA